AUGGCUGGCAAAACGACAACCACGGAACGGAUGCUGUACUAUAGUGGUGUCACAGCACGUGUCGGCGAUGUCGACUCUGGAAACACAGUGACUGACUUCCUCGAGCUUGAAAGAGAGCGAGGCAUCACGAUCCAAUCGGCGGCCAUCACCUUCAACUGGCCCCUACAGGAGGUCUGCCCCCCAGGAUCUCAUCCCAAGACCAUCAACCUCAUCGAUACUCCUGGACAUCAAGACUUUCGUUUCGAAGUCGAUAGAUGUCUGCCGGUUCUCGAUGGAGCUGUCUGCAUCAUUGACUCCGUCAAGGGAGUCGAGGCACACACGGAGAGAGUUUGGUCCUCUGCCCAGGAGCACGCCAUUCCACGCGUAGUCUACGUCAAUAAACUCGACCGAGACGGCGCAUCCUUCCGCAAGUCUGUGCUCGAGGUGGGCACGCGGCUCAAUGGCUGGCCGUUGGUCUGUCAGAUCCCCUGGUGGGAGAAAGAGAACUUUGUUGGUGUCAUCGAUGUCAUCGAUCGCGUCGGCUACCGGUGGAAAACCGAGAAGCAGAAAAUCACGUAUCGGGGCGAGGCUUUGGACAAGGCUCUUGCAGGAAACAAAGCCCUUCUUGACGAGAUUGAGACUGCGCGUGAGCGCCUCGUGGAGGGUUUGGCUGAGCUGGACGAACCGAUUAUGGACCUGUUCGCCGAGGACCCCGCAAAGAUCACAAACCAGACCCUCAAGGAUGGCAUCCGUCGAGCCGUGCGAAGCGGUGACGGCAAGGCGAUUCCCGUCUUUGCCGGGGCCAGCUUCCGACACAUUGGUGUUGAACCACUGAUGGACGCCAUCAUCGACUACCUGCCCAGCCCCAAUGAGAGGCCGGAUCUGCAUGUCCAGACUGGCGAGGGGAAGCAUAGCCUUGCAAAGCUUCUCCAUGAGCAUUCGGAGAAAAAAGGGAAGCACGCCAGGAUAGCGGCAGUCGCCUCCGUAUUCAAGGUUUUCAACCAUCCGACGGAGGGUAUGCUGAGCUUCGUCCGUGUCUAUCAUGGUGAGCUGCACCGCAACGCGGCCCCUUGGAAUACACACGCCCUCGUUUCCGAGUCGCCACUCGGUCUGCUCCAAAUCUCAGCGGCCAAGACCGAGGUCGUACAACACUUGUCGACGGGCCAGAUCGGGGCAAUGAAGGGCCUGAAGAAGGCGCGCACGGGAGACACGCUGCUCGCUACCGUGGGAUCCAAAACGCUUCCCGAGGGCCUGAGGCAUAUCCAGAUUCGCCCCCCCGAGAUCCCCCCCGCUGUCGCGUUCCUCGCCAUGGACCCAUAUGGCAACGUGGCCGCGCAGGAGCUGGAGACGCUCCUGGACCAAAUGUCACGACAGGACCCAAGCCUCAGAUGGAACCGCGACGAGAAAACCGAGCAGUUCAUUUUGCAGGGCAUGGGUAAACUGCAUCUCGAAGUAGCCUUGCACCACUUGAAGCAGAAUAUGAAGGGCCAGGUCGACUUUGGCACCAUCGAAGUCGACUACAAAGAGUGUCUGACUACGUCCACGGACCCGCACACCCUCGUCUUUGACAAGCCCGUCGCCGGCAAGGCCGGCAAGGUCACCUGUACCGCCGUGCUCGAGCCCCUCGAGGAUCAUCACCGCCAGUCCUCCCUCGAGCCGGACCUUGUUCGGGACGGGAACCACAUCCACAUUAUUAUUCCUCUCCCUGCCGACGGCAGCGAGCUCAAGUUCGAUACCCGCGAGGCCCGGCAGCAGAUGGUCAACGGCGUCGUGGCCGCCAUGGCGCGGGGGCCUCGUCGCAGCAGCCCGGUCCAGGGAUGCCACGUCACCGUGACGGUCGACACGGACCCGUCGGCCGUGGACGGACCGACGGGCGGCCACUUUAGCGGCGCAGCGCACCGCGUCGUCCGCGAGGCGCUGACCGAGGCACACAGGCGGCAGGGCGUCGGCCUGCUGGAGCCCGUCAUGCUCGUGCACAUUAGCUGUCCCGAGACGACAGCGGGGCAGAUCCAGCACGACAUUAGCUCUGGCGCAGGCGGCCACGUGCUCGAGGUCAGCGACCGGUCGGCCGAAGGCAGCGCGAGCGCCAUUGACGCGGGGAGCAUUUACGCGCCGCCGGACCCCUACGACAGCGUGACGUCGCUGCGCGAGAAGAAGUCGACGCGCAUGGUGGAGAUUGUGGCCAAGGUGCCGUUCAAGGAGGUGCUCGACUUUGAUCAGCAUCUGCGGAGCAAGACGGGCGGGCGACACUCGAUGACCAUGGCAUUCGACAGCCUCGACCGGGUCGUAGGACAGCGUGAGAAGAGCUUGUGA